UUCCAUAGGCUUCUCCACACCAUCUUCUAAGUUCUAAACUUUCAACAUACCCGAAAAAGAAACACCAAGAAUCUUGUUGUAGUAAAUCAUGGCAAGCUCCACCAUUCAACGAUCAGCAUUCGCCGGCCAGACCGCUUUGAAGCAGUCCAAUGAGCUUGUCCGUAAGGUUGGGAGCUUUGCCGGUGGCCGCGUUACCAUGAGGCGAACAGUGAAGAGUGCUCCACAAAGCAUAUGGUAUGGCCCAGACCGCCCAAAGUACUUGGGACCAUUCUCUGAGCAGACUCCCUCAUACCUUACUGGUGAAUUCCCUGGUGACUAUGGCUGGGACACUGCUGGAUUAUCCGCAGACCCUGAGACAUUUGCUAGGAACCGUGAGCUGGAGGUGAUCCACAGCCGAUGGGCCAUGCUUGGAGCUUUGGGCUGUGUGUUCCCUGAAGUCCUUUCAAAGAAUGGUGUCAAGUUUGGUGAAGCAGUUUGGUUCAAGGCUGGUGCACAGAUUUUCUCUGAAGGUGGUCUUGAUUAUCUUGGCAACCCAAACCUCAUUCAUGCACAAAGCAUCUUAGCAAUCUGGGCUGUUCAAGUUGUGCUUAUGGGUUUCAUUGAAGGAUACAGAGUUGGUGGAGGACCACUCGGUGAAGGACUUGACCCCAUUUACCCUGGUGGCGCCUUUGACCCACUUGGACUGGCUGAUGAUCCUGAAGCAUUCGCAGAAUUGAAGGUGAAGGAACUAAAGAAUGGGAGGUUGGCAAUGUUCUCCAUGUUUGGUUUCUUUGUUCAGGCUAUUGUUACUGGAAAGGGUCCAAUUGAGAACCUGUUUGACCAUGUUGCUGACCCAGUCGCCAACAAUGCAUGGGCCUACGCCACUAACUUUGUCCCUGGAAAAUGAAGAAACUUAAAUGUUCUACUGUAACUUUACUCAUCAAUCUUCUUGCUUGUGUUCAACUUCUCUCUUGCUGUGUUCAUCUAUAUUGUAUUGAUGAUACCACAAACUGCUUUUCUUCAAACUAGAUAUUAAUGUAUCACUUCUAAAGUACAAGACAUUUGGUCUUUUGUGAUUGAACUUACAUUAAUGUUGGUAGAUAUGUGUGUUAUAAUUUGAA